UUCGAUUUUGUGUACUCGACGUUGCGGUCGUCUGGCUUUAAGAAUGGAAAAUUCGAUAAAAGUGCUCGCCUUAUUUUUGUUGUUGCCAUUACUUUAUGUCCCUGCAAAUGGACAUAAAAUAGUGUGUUAUUAUGACUCAGCAAGCUCUUUACGUGAAAAUCCAAACCAGUUGACGACUUCAAACUUGGCUCUUGCCCUACGAUUCUGUACGCAUUUGAUUUAUGGCUAUGCGGGAAUACGAGCUGACAACUAUCAAGCACACAGCUUAAAUGAACAACUGGACGUUCAACAGCAUCAAUUCUCUGAAGUGACUGCCUUAAAACGCCACUAUCCAGGUCUGAAAGUACUGCUGAGUGUGGGAGGUGAUCGCGACAUCGAUGGAGAGCAUCCAAAUAAAUACAUCAAUCUGCUUGAAUCCCAAUUCAACCAGAUAGAAUUUAUAAAAUCAGCUCACUCGUUGGUCAAGAACUACGGAUUCGAUGGUCUUGAUCUUGCCUAUCAGUUUCCCAAGAAUAAGCCAAGGAAAGUUCACUCACUUCUUGGUAAGGCUUGGAAAGCAGUUAAGAAGUUAGGCACUGGCGAUUUUAUUGUGGACCCUAAUGCAGAGCAACAUAAGAAACAAUUCACAUCGCUUGUCCGUGAUGCGAGCGAUAAACUGCGCCAAGAUGGUUUUCUCUUAAGCUUGACUGUGCUUCCAAAUGUCAACUCGACUUGGUAUUUUGAUAUUCCGGUGCUCAAUGACCUCGUUGAUUUUGUUAAUAUUGCUGCAUUUGACUUUGUAACUCCCGAACGCAACCCUGAAGAAGCGGACUACCCAGCUCCGCUUUUUAAGGACGAAUCCCAUGAGCGACUGUCUCAUUAUAAUGCUGAUUUUCAAACGCAAUAUUGGCUUGAUCAAAGAUUAGAUGAAAAAAAAAUCAUCUUAGGUAUACCCAGCUACGGAAAUGCUUGGAAGCUAACCAAAGAUUCUGGAGAAACUGGAAAGCCCAUUGUGUCGAAGACGAAUGGUCCUGCUCCGCCAGGUCCCUAUUUGAAUAAAGCUGGUGUACGCAGCUUACCAGAAAUAUGUUUGCUGCUAGAGAGUCCAAACAAACCCGUAACGAAAGCUGAUCUUUUGACUGGCGAGGUUAACAAAUACGGCAGCUAUGUGUUAAGUUCAAAAGAUUUAAAUACUGAGAGAAUCUGGGUUGGCUAUGAUAAUUUGGAGACUGUUAAAUACAAAACAGCCUUCUCUGUUAGGUACUUGGGAGGCAUAGCUCUUUUCGAUCUAGGUAGUGACGACUUUCAAGGAUCGUGCUUUAAUGAAAAGUUCCCCAUACUGCACACAAUAAUACAACAAGUUCAGGGACAAUAUCCAAUUGAUCCGAUUCUUUAUAUCGAUAUUUGUAUAAUGAAAACAACGCAUCAACAGAAAGCUGUUACGGUCAGAAUGCAAAAUACGAUUCAAGUGUUCAUAUUAUUUUUGUUAACACAUUUACUUUAUGUCCCUGCAAAUGGGCAGGAUCAUAAGAUAGUGUGUUAUUAUGACUCAGCAAGCACUUUACGUGAGCCUCCAAGCCAGUUGACGACUUCAAACUUGGCUCUUGCCCUACGAUUCUGUACGCAUUUGAUUUAUGGCUAUGCGGGAAUACGAGCUGACAAUUUUCAAGCACAUAGCUUAAACGAAGAACUGGACAUUAACCAACAUCAGUUCACUGAAGAACGCCACUAUCCAAACUUAAAGGUACUACUGAGUGUGGGAGGUGAUCACGACAUCGAUGGAGACCAUCCAAACAAAUACAUUGAGCUACUUGAAGGGGGAAUCGAGAAACAAAGAGAAUUUAUAAAGUCAGCUCAUUCUUUAGUCAAGAACUACGGAUUCGAUGGUCUUGAUCUCGCCUAUCAGUUUCCCAAGAACAAGCCUAAAAAGGUGCACUCAGGCCUUGGAAUGAUUUGGAAAAGUUUUACGAAAAUAUUUACAGGCGAUUUUAUUGUGGAUCCUGAUGCAGAUCAGCACAAAAAUCAAUUCACAUCGCUUGUCCGUAGUGUGAAGGAUAAACUGCACCAAGAUGGUUUUCUCUUAAGCUUGACUGUGCUUCCCAAUGUCAACUCAACUUGGUAUUUUGAUGUUCCGGUGCUUAAUAACUUUGUUGAUUUUGUUAAUAUUGCUGCAUUUGACUUUGUAACUCCCGAACGCAACCCUGAAGAAGCGGACUACACAGCUCCGCUAUUCAAAGAGGAAUCACAAGAGAGAUUGUCUCAUUAUAACGCAGAUUUUCAAGCGCAAUAUUGGCUGCACCAAGGGUUCGAUAAUAAGAAGAUCAACUUGGGUAUACCUAGCUACGGAAAUGCAUGGAAACUGACCGAAGAAUCCGGAGAAACUGGAAAACCCACCGUGGCGAAGACGAAUGGUCCUGCUCCGCCAGGUCCCUAUUUGAAAAAGGAAGGUGUACGCAGCUUAGCAGAAAUAUGUUUAAUGUUAGCGCAUUCAAACAAACCCGUUACGAAGGAUGAUUUUUUGACCAGCAAGGUUAACAAAUAUGGCAGCUACGUCAUAAGUACAAAGGAUUCGAAUACUGAGAGAAUCUGGGUUAGCUACGAUAAUUUUGAUGCUGUGAGUUUCAAAACUGCCUACUCCAAAAUUUAUUUGGGAGGUGUUUCUCUUUUCGAUCUAGGCUACGAUGACUUCCAAGGAUCGUGCUUUAAUGAAAAGUUUCCCAUACUGCACACAAUAAAACAACAAAUUGUGGUAACAACCAAAGUUGACCCCAUUAUAUAAUUCAAUGGUAAUAUAAAUACACCCUUACAUUAUUUUUUCUAUUAAUAAAUAAUAAAAAGGCUAAACAGCCAAAUAAGCAGCUCU